GAGACCGGCGUAGGUGAGAGGCCGCUUAAGCUCAUGGCGGUGAGACCACCCUCACGAGGCCGAGAUGAACGCAGAGGCCCACCGCCGUUGCUCUCGUUCUCCGCAGCAGAUCUUUUCUUGUAUUAGUUUACCGUGGUUCGAGGAUCCCUUUCCCGUCUCUCUCUCUCUCUCUCUCUAGUGUACCUUUCCUUGGAGAUUCGACUCGAUCGCCGAUAGCAUCGAGGGUUCUCGCCCUCGAUUUCCUCGCCUCCCACCCUUGCCGAAUCUCCAAGGGGGUGGCGUGGAGAAAGAAAGCUACGGGGAAUUGGAUCGGCUUUCGUGUGCCAUCAUAGAGAAAGAACCAUGCUAUCUGAUCUCCCUUUUCUUUCUGAAAAGGAGCUACGGAGGGCCAUUAUUUCCUCACGAUCCUUGUCUCUCAUGCCUACCAACGCCUGACACCUUUAUAUUAGAUUCCCCUCUUCCCUCCCGUGUCUCUUCCGGCUGAUCUCAGUUUGCUGUUCCCUACCCAAACUGCUUGAUUUCAUUCAACCCGGGUCUUCUUCCCAAGUCUUUUUCCUCUGUAAAGUCGCUUCUUUUUCUGCCUUUCUUUCUCUCUCGUGAUAUGAUUCGUCUGCAGGGCUAUUUGUUUUGAUCUGAUUCGAGUUGGUGAGAGGAAGAGGGAGAGGGGGAUGAUGGAAGGAGACCGCUUCUCGGGGCUUGGCAAUGGAACCCAGGUGGACGGCAAAGUCCUGCAGACCUUCCAGAAGAGCUUUCUCCAGGUGGAGAACAUCCUGGAUCAGAACCGGCAGUUGAUCAAUGAGAUCAAUCAGAACCACGAGUCGAAGAUCCCCGACAACCUCAGCCGCAACGUCGGCCUGAUCAGAGAGCUCAACAACAACAUCCGCCGCGUCGUCGACCUCUACGCCGACCUCUCCCUCUCCUUCACCCGCUCCAUGGAAGCAUCCUCCGAGGGCGACUCCGAAGGAAAGCCCGGCCACAAGCGAAACAGGCCUGGGUAGAGAGGAAGCAGAUGAAAUGGCUUAGUUAGAGUUAGGAUCGACAAACUGCAAGCUUGGGGAUGGGAUCGAAAUAACAAAGCGACUGCUUGCGCUGUUGUAAUCAUUAUUGUGACGCUCAAUCUUCUAUCUCAGUUAUGUGAGAACAGUCUCUGCUUCUUUCUCUGUUCCUUCUUCUUCUUCCUGUUCUUGAUGUGCGGUUCCCUUUUGCCAUGGAAUCAAAAGUGUUGAUCUUUUUCAUGGG